AUGAUGCUCGCCGGGGCUGAAAUUGACAAAACUAGUGUGGCCUAUACGUCAGGGUCGUCUGGAAAUGUGGAACCUAGUGUUGCGAUUCCUGCAGUCCAGGGAUCAUCGAAGGAAGCCCAGGUAGAGGCUCUUGCCCAGGGUCUGGCAAUGGCCCCUAAAUUAGAGCCAGUGGAUAUACAAUUCAGCAAUAUCACUUGCACCGUGAACUUAGGAUUUACUAAAGGUACUAAACAAAUUCUCCAUGGCGUAAAUGGCAGACUUCGGCCGAGGCAACUGAUCGCCAUCAUGGGGCCUUCCGGAGCCGGGAAGUCUACGCUCCUCGAUGUGUUGUCAGGAUACCGUAUUACUGGUGUCGGUGGUGCUGUUUUUAUUAAUGGCAGAGGGAGGAUUAUGAAACGCUUCAAAAAGAUGUCAUGUUACAUCCAACAAGAUGAUCGUCUUCAGGGAUUGCUCACAGUAGGGGAGAACAUGACAUUAGCAGCAGAUUUGAAGUUACCCACCAAAUUAGACAAGUACGAGAAGGGUGAAGUUAUAGAAGACAUACUCACAAACCUGGGUCUUUACGAACAUAUGAACACUCGCGGGGCACAACUUUCUGGAGGUCAGAGAAAAAGACUGUCCAUCGCCUUGGAGCUUAUCAACAACCCUCUUGUAAUGUUCCUCGAUGAACCUACCACAGGUCUCGACAGUUCCUCCUGCACACAAGUCGUCCAACUUUGCAGAAGCUUGGCUCACCAAGGUCGUACUAUCGUCUGCACUGUCCACCAACCAUCAGCGUCACUCUUUGCUCUCUUCGACCAAGUCUACGUCCUCGCAGCCGGACAAUGUAUGUACCAGGGCACUACCAAAAACCUCGUGCCAUACUUGGAGCAAUCGGGCAUACCUUGUCCGAUUUAUCACAACCCUGCUGAUUACAUAAUCGAGCUCUCUUGCGGUGAAUAUGGCCAUGACAAGAUUGAGCUCAUGAGUAACAAGUCUGAGAAUGGAAGAUCACUGGAAUGGUUCGAUGACUCCAGCAGCAUCCUUAGCAUGGAGGCCUUACGGAAGAAGUAUCCGCUCAGUGUACUUCGAGAAACGGAGCCCACGGGUGGUGACGAGGAAACCAGUCAAUCAAACCAAAGAUCGGUGCUUAUUAAGAGGGGUUUUCUGAAAGCUAAGCGAGAUUCGACAAUGACUCACUUGCGACUCAUCGUAAACGUGCUAGUAGGCAUAAUGCUGGGUAGUUUAUUCAUCGAAGCUGGUAACGAAGGAUCAAGAGUACUGGAAAACUACAACCUGUUGUUCGCGAUACUGAUGCACCACAUGAUGUCACCGAUGAUGUUGACCAUUCUUACGUUUCCAUCAGAGAUGUCUGUCUUAUCCAAGGAGCACUUUAACCGGUGGUAUUCCUUGGGAUCCUACUACAUAUCCAUAACACUGGUGGAUCUACCUGUAUCAAUAGUGGGCUGUGCAAUAUUCAGUGUGAUAGUAUACACGAUGUCGGCUCAGCCCCUGGAUAUCGUGCGGUUUGCCAUGUUUUUUGCCAUCUCGUUGUACACGGUGCUGGUCGCGCAGAGCUUGGGCCUCAUGAUUGGUGCUGUCUUCAGUGUUGUGAAUGGUACCUUCCUGGGCCCAACAAUCUCCGUUCCCAUGAUGAUGUUCGCCGGUUUCGGUGUAACUCUACGAGAUCUCCCCAACUACCUCUACUGGGGUUCCUAUAUAUCGUACCUUCGGUAUGGACUGGAGGGCUUCAUUGGUGCCAUAUACGGUUUGGGGAGGCCAGUUUUGGACUGCAACAAAGCCUUGUACUGCCAUUACAAACAUCCUCGUACGUUCCUGAAUGAGGUAGCGAUGUCUCCCGACAUGUUCUGGUGGGACGUGCUCGCGCUCACAGCUUAUGUCUUUGUACUAAGGAUUGCAGCUUUUAUACUUCUAAAGUGGAAACUUAACGCUGUGCGAUAA